CCGGAACAGAGGCCGUCGAAGAUCGUUCCUCCAUGUCACGCUUGAAUGGAUCAAUCCGCUUCUGGAUCAUUUACAUGUGCAUCACCCUCACUUGCAACUCAAAGCAUUAGUGAUGGGAGAUGCCAACUUUGUCCAACGAAACGUGUGAGUCUCCGAGGAUGGGAAAGGGGUGUGGGAAGCGAACUGGGACUAUUAGGUCUUCAGUCGUACAAGUCGGCCUUCGCCCAAAGGAUGCCGGACAUUGGAUCCAAGAAUGUCACAUAGCGAAAAGAAUUAGGCCAUGGCCCCGGCGGCCCAUGCUGAAACCGUCGCGAUUUUGGCAUUUUAAAAAGCAGUUCGAGCACUGGUACCGCUAGAGUGGUACCACUACUACAGCAGCUCACUCAACUCAACACAACCAUCCAAGCAACAUCUCGACAGUAAUAGUCGCCCUUUUCGUGUCAGAAUCCCCAUAAUUUUGCUUGGAGAUAUAUUGAAACCACCUGAUCGUUGUAUAGCCGCUAUCGUAACCUUACUACCUUUCUAUGCGAAGAUAUCCUACCGUUUGAAGAAGCCACCGAAAGAAGAAUUGAAGAAAGAAGCACCAUGGUCGCCAAGAAGGUCUUGUUCGGGUUGAUGGCGCUGCUGCUGCCUGGCACCAUCGUUGGCCAACAACCCAGCAUUGUGGGUAUCAUUAGCAGGGAUCUCCGCUUUUCUACCCUCGUCUCUCUCUUGACGGCUGCUGGAUUGAUGCCUGAGCUCAGUGGACCAGGUCCCCUGACUCUGUUUGCUCCCGUCAAUGUGGCCUUUGCCAAUUCGCGUGUCAAUGUCACCCGCUUGCUGCAACCCAUUUGGACGGCCCAUUUGAUUGAUCUGCUCAAGUACCAAGCAACCGAGCAAGAGAUUUGGGCGUCGGAUCUCGAAGUCGGUGAUGAGGUUGUUUCCACCCAAGACGAAAUCAUCCGCGUUACAUCCUCCAAUCCCCGUCCUCUUAUUUUGAACGACAAUGCCACCGUCUUUGAACAAGACAAGUUGGCAUCCAACGGAGUCGUCCAGGCCAUUGAUCACGUCUUGCUACCCAUCAGUGCCUCGCAAUCCAUCUACGAUUUUGUCAAGGACAAUCCGGAUUAUCAAGUGUUUACCAAUUUGAUUGAACGGGCCGGACUCAUCGAGGAAAUGUCGGGACCUGGCCCUCUCACAGUGUUUGCGCCUCCCGACAGGGCCUUUGGGGCAACCAUGGACAGUCAGUGGAACACCUUUGUUCAGGACCAGCAACGAGUCCGGAACUAUCUCCUGUACCAUUUCCUCAAUGGAAAUGUCUUUUCCGCUCAGUUGGAACGCGUCGACACGGUUCAGACGGUGCAAGGAAGUGAUAUUGAUGUCACCACCGUACAAGCCAUGGUCCGACAAGGAAACCGACCUGUUCAGAGGCCUCCAAAUGCCAUCUUCCUCAAUACCGACUCGGAGAUUGUGGACCGUGACGUUUUGGUCAGCAACGGAGUCCUCCAUGUCAUUGACCGUCCUUUGACUCCACCACCUGAAGUAGAACCCACCAUUCUCGAGUUGAUGGAAGAGCAGGGCUUGACCGUUUUUGUCAGCGCGGCUCGUCGUACCGGUCUAUUGGAUAUCCUCAAUAACCCGUCCGUGACUCUGACAGCCUUUGCGUCUGUCAAUACUGGAUUCUAUCCUCAUUUUUCUCUCUACAUGAACAACUACGACUACCAUCUUCACUUGAAGGCUGCCAUGGAGUACCAAAUCAUGGCUGGACUGUUUCUGAAACCAAGCAUGACCACAGGAUUGAGAAUGCCCGCCCUGUUGGAACAAGAGUUUACCGAAGUCACGCAGGGAACCCCCGAUACCAUCAUUGUCAACGAUGAAGCCUCGGUUACCACAGGCGACUUGCUUGCUAUCAAUGGUGCGCUUCAGGUAACCAAUCAGGUCAUUAUCCCUCCCUUUCACGAAACGGAUAUCAUUGAUGUCAUUGCUCGUCAACCCAGAGACUUUUCCACUUUGGUGUACCUAUUGGUCUUGACUGGGUUGAUCCCAGACCUCUCCACAGAUGGACCGUUUACGCUUUUCGCCCCCAAUAACCAGGCUUUCGAUGAUCUCUUGUUGAGCAGUGGACUUCUUUCUGGAAGCGAUUGGACAUCCAACCUUGAAACCAUGACAGAGAUUCUCAAAUACCACGUGGUUCCCGGCGUCGUCUACGCCCAAGACUUGACACACAACUCCACGUUUACCACAUUGCAGGGAAGUGACAUUCGCAUCACCAUUGGAGACUACUACUUGGAUCGCCGUCUGAAUGCCAAGAAUGAUUUGGAACGUCGCCUGACAUCUCCCAAUGAACUGACGGCACCUGUCCACGGGCGCCAUUUGACUAUUACUCACGAGGCUCCUGCAAGUGUCAUCAACGUGGAUGCCCGGGCUACUGUCAUUGAGGCCGAUAUGUUGGCAUCUAAUGGAGUUGUCCACAGUAUUGACGCAGUAUUGAUUCCGAGCUCGCAAGGAUGGCUUGAGAAUCUCCGCCCGGAUGCCCCUCCAAGUACCGAUCAGGUCUGCCUUCAAUGGGGAGACUUUGAUAGCCUCUGCUGCCCCAUUGAGCCUGAUGCCCAAGUUACUAUUGACUCCCUUGGUGGAAACCCAGCUGGAAAACCCAUUGCGAAACGGGGAAAGCAGGCAGGUCGCCAGGACAACUGGUACUGCGACGUCAUGAAUUUGGGUGAUGGACUGCCAGGAGUCUAAAAAGGAAGCACAGCGCAAGCAGUCAUGAGGGUGUGCGUGAUGGCUGAUACACGGGAGACGGUACUUCCCAUGCUUGUUUUGUUUGUUUGAAUAUGCAGUACGCGUUGGACGGGUGAAGCGAAAAGAACGCAGGAAGAAUCUCAUUGGAUGUGACGGAUAAGGCAACUACAUAAAUUACAUAAUUUAUUCUAGCAUAACAUAAAAUCACUGGAAAUC